GAUGCGGCCGGCGCUGGUGUGGCUGAUUCUGAGCCUGCUGACCGUGACAGGAGCCGAGGGGAUGUGCAGGGACCCCCCCGCGACCCCGGCCCGCUCCAUCCCCGCACCGCGGCUCAGCGCCGAGGAGCAGCUCUCGCCCCACAUGCCCGAGUCCCUGCGCUGCGAUGCCUGCCACGCCAUCGCCUUCCAGAUUGAGGAGCAGCUGAGCAGGGCGGAGGGGAAGGUGGGCAAGAAGGUGCUGAGUGAGUCUGACUACAUGGAGGUGCUGGAGAGGAGCUGCUCGCAGGGCUGGGAGAGCUACGGGGUGCAGGAGCUGGAUGGGGAGAAGCGGCUGGCAGGGCCAGGGCUGCCAGUGCAGGAGCCCAUGAGUGUGAUGGUGACGGGGGGCCCCUGGCCGGGCAGGCUGUCCAAGAUGUGCCUCAGCGCCGUGGGGGAGCGGGGCGAGGCGCAGGUCUACGGGGCGCACCAGCGGGGCCCGGCCGCGCUGCGGGAGCUGCUGUGCCACGGCGACAAGGGGCCCUGCGCUGGCGGCAAGGCCGGGGGGCCAGCCCCCCACAAAGCACUGCAGAACGAGCUGUAGCCCUGCUGCAGUUAAUGCUUAAUGCCCCGGCGACCUUCGGAACCGACUUCGUCCCCAGCGGCAGCCGCCGCACGCCGGGAGGUGGGAGCUUCCCAUCACCGUGUGUCACCCAUCAUCAGAGUCGCCGCGUCCCUCCUGCCCGGCGCUGCCGGAGUGAUGCUGCCAACACCCAGUGUCCAGGCCCCCGCCCCGAGCGGGGCACUGCUCCGAGCUCUAAUGUUUGACCAGCGCGGUGCCGAGCGCCAGUGGUGCCAGCCCUAAUUAAAGGAGUUAAUAGCUGA